AUGUCUACUCCAACUCCCCCAGGUGGACACCGUACUCUGCAGAAAAGAAGACAAGCUCAAUCGGCUAAGGAAAAGCAGCAAAAACAAUCUCCAGCCUCAACCAGACAAGCCGGCUUUGGAGGCUCUUCCAACAGUGUUUUGAAAUUGUACACAGAUGAAGCUAACGGUCUCAGAGUUGACCCACUGGUUGUGCUGUUCCUAGCAGUGGGCUUCAUUUUUUCCGUUGUGGCAUUGCACGUAGUGGCCAAGGUCACUGGUAAGCUCUUUUGA